GUUUCGCCAUGAUGCCCAGGCUAGUCUCAAACUUCUGGGCUCAAGCCAUCCACCUGCCUCGACCUCCCAAAGUGCUGGGAUUCCAGGUGUGUGUCACUACACCCAGCCUAGGGCCCAGCUUCAAAAGGAGGUGCUCCCUCAGUUUGGGGCCAGCCAGGCCCACUGGGAGAAUAGGACCCAGAACCCAGGUCUGCCAUUCUCCUCAAGCCCUGGACUCCAGCCCCCCACCACAGCCAGUUUCUGGCCAGGCUGCUCAUGAAAGGCCAUGGGUCUCGCUGGAACCUGCUGCCUCAGAGCCAGGCCUGUUCAUGGGGGAGGGGCGUUUGCCCGUCGCCAGGCGCCCAGGUUCCGGCCCCUGGCACUAGCGGCGGCCAUGCUGCACGUGCUGGCCUCACUGCCCUUGCUGCUCCUGCUGGCGAUGCCUGCUCCAACCCACGCCUGGUUGCGACCCCUCUGGUACCACGUGGGGCUGGACUUGCAGCCCUGGGGGUGUCAGCCAAAGAGCGUGGAGGGCUGUAGGGGUGGCCUGAGCUGUCUUGGUUACUGGCUGGGCCCUGGAGCAAGCCGCAUCUACCCCGUGGCUGGGGUCAUGAUCACCAUCACGAUGCUGAUGAUCUGCCGCAAGAUACUGCAGGGGCGGCGGUGCUCACAGGCCACCAAGGGUGAGCAUCCGCAGGUGACCACUGAGCCCUGCGGACCCUGGAAACGGCAGGCCCCAAUCUCAGACCACACCCUGCUCCGCGGGGUCCUGCACAUGCUGGAUGCCCUCCUGGUCCACAUCGAAGGCCACCUACAUCAUCUAGCCACCCAGCGGCAAAUCCAAAUAAAGGGGACUUCCGCCCAGAGUGGGUGACC